UCGGUUCGUUUUCAUGAAAAUCCGAAUCCAGUUAAUUCUCUACGUUAUUCCAGCCACAAAUAUAUGUGCUUUGUUCUUCAGCACCGUCAUAUGUACAGGUUAUUUAUCCCGGAAGCUGAAAUCUACGCGUAAAGACGCCUUUUCAUGAAGUUGCGCAACUUUACUUUCUUAUUUCCUCGUUAGUUUUAUUUGUGAUCCUCUGUCGGAAUCAGCAGCCUGUCAGUCAUCUUUACCAGUCCAGACCUGUCCUGGAGCAGAAAAUCAGCAGUCUGGGUUCGUCCACUGAGGAGGAAGAGAUGUUUCCUCUGGAUGUGUUUAUUCUUCAGCUGUAACAGUGACUGACCUUCAACCAACCACAUGAUGGCGAAGGCAGCGUCUGGUGUCGACGGUAAAGAUGAUUUAAGGCCUGUUGAACGCAGCAGCAGCCCAGAAUUUCUGCGUCCAAACUUCUCCUUGCUGAGGAUGGUUCUUCUGGGGAACAGCUGGACUGAGAGGAGUUCAGUGGGAAACCUCCUACUGGGAAAGACUGGUUUUAAUAUAGAAGAAGAACCAGAGCACUGUGUGAGCGUCAGAGGACACACUCAGGACAAAGAGCUGGUCCUCGUCAACUCUCCGGACCUGCUCGAUCCUGACAUCCCAGACGACAAAGUGACAGCGGUCAUUCGAAGCUGUGAGCGUCUCUGUGACCCUGGACCUCAUGUGUUCCUGCUGAUCCUCCAACCAGAGGACUUCACUGAGGAACAUAACAUGAAGCUACAGAAGGUCCUGGAAAAGUUCAGCCGUCGAUCAUUUGAUCAUUCGCUGGUUCUGAUUUCAACAUCCAGAGAGGAGACGCCGGGACUCAGGGAGCAUCGGUCGUUAAAGGACAUGAUCUCCAAAUGCAAACACCGAUAUCUGGAACAGAAGAAACUAGAAGCUCCUGAACUGUUCACACACCUGGAUCAACUAGUGAAAGACAACAACGGGCAGCAUCUGAGCAUCCACGAUGCAGCGGCAGAUCUAAUUCAAGUGGUGAAACAGGAUCCUGUGGCACAUGAACUUAGGAUUGUGGUGUUUGGAAAAAGUGAGGACAAAAAGAAAAUGCUGUGCAACACCAUCAUCGGUAGCAAACAGUUUAAUUCUCUGAAGUUCAAGCAAACCAAACAAUGUGAGAUCAGCAGUAGAAAGUGGAAAGACAGAAGUCUGACGGUCGUGAAAACUCCAGAUAUCUUCAGUCUGCCGGUGGAAGCAGUGAGACAAGAAAUGAAGAUAUGUGCAACGUUUUGUCUCCCUGGACCAAACGUUCUUCUGCUGUUAGUGAAGCCUUCGACGUUCACUGAGGAGAACCGACAAACACUGAGGUUCAUCCUGAGUAUGUUUGGUCCUGAUUCCUUCAAACACUCCAUGGUCGUCUUCACACAUGAUGAAAAAAUGAGCGUUCCAGUUGAGGAGCUUCUGAAAGACUGUGGUGGAAAGCAGUACAUGUUAAAAGAGGACAGUCAAGUUUUAAUGGAGAAGAUUGAGAACAUGGUACGAGGAAACAGGAAACCCUUCCUCACCUUCACUGAGGAGACCAAGUUUGAACAGAUGAGGCCACCUUUAAACCUGGUUCUGUGUGGGAAUAGAAAAUCAGAGAAGACUUCAGCAGCCAGGGCCCUUCUAGGUCUGACUGAGCUUGGUUCAGGUUCUUCAGAGUUUGUUAAACAUCAGGUGGAGGUCUGUGGACGUCGGGUUUCUGUGAUGGAGCUACCUGUCCUGAAUGGAAGACCUCAGGAAGAAGUGAUGAAAGAGUCACUCCAGUCGAUCUCCCUCUGUGAACCUGAGGGUGUCCACGCCUUCAUCCUGGUCCUACCAGUGGGUCCACUCACCGAUGAAGACAAGGCAGAGUUAGAGACCAUCCACAACACAUUCAGCUCUCGAAUCAGGGACUUCACCGUGAUUCUGUUCACUGUGGAGUCAGAUCCUACAGCUCCAGCUUUGAUGAACUUUGUAACAAAGAACAGAGACAUCCAGGAGCUGUGUCAGAGAUAUGGAGGAACAUCUGUCAUUCUCAACAUCAGAGACAAACAGCAGGUCUGUGAGGUGUUGGACACUGUGGACAGAAUGAGACUGACCAAGGACAAACCGUCCUACACAGUAGAAACAUUUGGACGAGUCCAAAUAGAGAAGAUCAUACAACUAGAGAAACACAUCACCAUGCAACAGGAUGACAUGGAACGUCUGAGGAACAUGAACACCUCCUGGGAUGCUGGUCUGCAGAGUCCAGAUUGUCUGAGGAUCGUGUUGAUUGGAAAAACCGGCAGUGGAAAGAGCUCUACAGGAAACACUAUCCUGGGAAGUAAAGACUUUAAAGCUGCAGCGUGGCAAUCAUCAGUCACCAAAUUUUGUCAGAAAUCAACGAGUCAGGUGGACGGUCAUCGUGUCACUGUGGUCGACACCCCAGGUCUGUUCGACACAAACAUGACUAAUGAUGAAGUUACUGAGGAAUUAGUGAAGUGCAUCAGUCUUCUGGCUCCAGGACCACAUGUGUUCCUGUUGACACUUCAGAUCGGCCGACUCACAGCAGAAGAAAAAGAAACACUAAAACUCAUCAAGAAGUUCUUUGGGAAGAAUUCUGAAAACUUCACCAUCAUCCUUUUCACACAUGGAGAUAAACUGGAAAAUGAUGAACUGUCCAUCGAUGAAUACAUAGAAAGUGGAUGUGAUGGUUCCUUCAAGAAGCUGAUCACUGACUGUGGAGGACGAUACCAUGUGUUCAAUAACACCAAAAAUACAAAUCGCACACAAGUCAGUGAGCUGAUAAAGAAGAUUGUCCACAUGUUGAUGUUGAACGGAGGCAACUGCUUCACCAAUGAGAUGCUUGAAGACGCUGACGUGGCAAUAAAGACAGAGAUGGAGAGAAUCCUGAAGGAGAAGGAGGAGGAGAUGAGGAGGCAGAAGGAGGAGCUGGAAAGAAAACACGAGGAGGAAAUGAUGGAAAUGAAAAGACGAAUGGAAGAACAAAGAGAAGAAACUGAAAGAGAGAGAACAUUAAGAGCUCAACAUCUAGAGAAAAUGGAAGAAAAGCUUAAAAAGGAGUGUGAGGAGAGGAAGAAGGAACAGGAGAAACGAGAGGAGGAGAUCAGAGAGAGAAAAACCAUGGAAGAAAUUCAACAGCAAGAGUGGGAGGAGAAAUUUAGAUCCCUGGAGGAAAAAAUAAAAUCUGAAUCAGAGUCGAAGGAAAGCGCGGACAGGAAGUUUCGGCAGAUUCGAAAAGAAAUGAGGAAGAAACAACAGACAUGGGAAAACGAGAGGAGAGAAUGGUGGAACAAACGAUACAGAGAAGAAGAACAAAAACGCCAGGAAGAGGAAAGGAUCCUUUUACAACUUCAGAAAGAAUAUGACAGAGAGAGAGAAAAAUAUGACAAGAAAAGACAAGAAGAAGGAAGAAAUCGACAGGAGCGGGAAGAAAAAGAGAGAGAAGAAUUAAAGAAGAAAUAUCACAAAAAGAUGGAGGAUUUGAAGGAGAAAAAUGAAGAGGAAGCCAGAAGACAAGCAGAAGAACUCAAUGAGUUCAGGGAGAAAUACACCAAAGACUUUGAAGGUCUGAUCGAAAAGUACAACGAGGAGCUGAAGGACAUGAGGCAAAGAUUAGAAAAAGCCGUUCGAGAACAAGAGGAGCAGAAAGCCGAAAAGGCGCUUCUACGCGAUCUGUCCACCCACAAAGAAGAACAGCUGAAAGAGCAGCUGAAGAAGCUGCAGGAGAAGUACCAAGAAGAAAUGAGGGACUUCGAAAAGAGAUACAGGAAGAAGUGCAUCAUCGCCUGAUCACAAUUCAAAGAGUCCUCCGAGAAAACGGGGAGAAAAGUCUGUAACAGAACGCCGUGGGUUUGUCAGGAGAACACCAACGUUCAGGACUGAAGUGAACACAACCCACCACGUCUUCUCUGGUUGAACAUCCACGUUCACUUAUCAUCUGUGACGGUCUGACGCUGCAGGUGAAGUCGUAUUAGUGUUGAUGGUCUUAUUCCAGUGGGACCUGUCAGUGGGUGGACAGAUCAGACACCAGGAGAACAUGAACACCUCGAAGAUGAGGAGUUAGAGAGGAAAAUGUCCAAGAGGGCGAUCUGAGACACUUUGACAAAUGAUGAUGGUUUGUACCAAAAGUAUCUAAAGAACAACAACCGGAUCUCACCAGUCCAGCUUCUAUGAGAGCAGAAUAUUAUCACCACCGGUCUGAUAUCAAGCAGGUUUCCCCUUUUCCCCAUAAACAGCUCAGAGCCGAGGCCUGGACUCCACCAGACCACUGCAGGUGUGUGUGGGAUCUGGACCAAGACCUGACCGCAGAUCCAUGUAGUCCUGGAAGUUGUGAAAUGGAUCGGACUUGUUUAACCAGUUCGUUCCACAGAUGAACAAUAGUCCUCGGAUUGGUGUCAAACAUACGACCUGUGGGUCAAAACCCGUCCACCAAAGGAUCCAGUCUGACCUGUGGGAUGGAUUUGUAAAAUGCAAAACUAACACUGGGGUCAUUCCAUAUGAAAUCAACAGAUUUUA